AUGGAAACCUUCAAAAGCAUUGCCAAACCCUUCUCAUUCCUCUUCGGCAUCUUCCUUCUCUUUGCCAAUGCUAUGUUCUUAGCAAAUGCUAUAACUCACAUCCACGAUUUUGUUGUUCAAGCAACGCCGGUGAAGAGGCUGUGCAACACCCACAACACCAUUACGGUGAAUGGGCAGUACCCGGGGCCAACCUUGGAAGUGAAUGACGGUGACAGUCUAGAGAUCAAAGUCGUCAACAAAGCUCAAUAUAAUGUUACCAUCCACUGGCAUGGCAUUCGUCAGAUGAGAACAGGCUGGGCAGACGGACCAGAAUUCGUAACUCAGUGCCCAAUUAGACCGGGAGAGAGUUACACCUACCGUUUUACAAUUCAAGGACAGGAAGGGACACUGUGGUGGCAUGCUCAUAGCUCAUGGCUCAGAGCCACAGUUUAUGGAGCUCUGAUCAUUCAUCCAAAAGAAGGAUCCUCCUACCCGUUUGCUAAACCAAGCCGUGAAACACUCAUCCUUCUCGGUGAAUGGUGGGAUGCAAACCCCAUUGAUGUUGUGAGGCAGGCCACAAUAACAGGAGCAACGCCUAAUGUGUCUGAUGCAUAUACAAUCAAUGGUCAACCCGGUGACCUCUACAAAUGCUCCAGCAAAGAAACCGUGACAGUUCCAGUGAACUCCGGCGAAACAAACCUCCUUCGGGUCAUCAACUCUGCACUCAAUCAACAGCUUUUCUUCACUGUCGCCAACCACAAGCUCACAGUUGUUGGAGCAGAUGCUGCCUACCUUAAACCCUUCACUACUUCAGUCAUCAUGUUGGGGCCCGGUCAAACCACUGAUGUCCUGAUUACAGCCGAUCAGCCACCAGCUCGGUACUACAUUGCAGCACGGGCCUAUGCUAGCGCCCAAGGUGCGCCAUUUGACAAUACAACCACCACAGCUAUCCUUGAAUACAAGACUGCCUCUUGCACUACCAAGUGUUCUACAACCACACCUGUUUCUGCAUCUUUACCUGCAUAUAAUGACACAGCCACUGCCACAGCCUUCACCACUACCCUUAGAAGUCCAAAGAAAGUCCCAGUCCCCACUGACAUCGAUGAAAACCUCCUUUUCACAGUUGGUCUAGGACUCAACAAGUGCCCCUCAGGUGCUAGUGCCCAGAACUGUCAGGGCCCAAAUGGAACCCGCUUCACUGCCAGCAUGAACAAUGUAUCUUUUGUGCUCCCUUCCAGUUUCUCCUUGCUUCAAGCGCAUCAGCAAGGUAUUCGAGGAGUUUUCUCCGCUGAUUUUCCAGCAGCUCCGCCAGUAAAAUUUGAUUACACUGGUAAUGUUAGCCGGUCACUUUGGCAACCUGCUACGGGGACAAAGGUGUACAGAUUAAAGUACGGCUCGAGAGUGCAAUUGGUGUUACAGGGAACAAGUAUAUUUACAGCUGAGAAUCACCCAAUUCAUCUUCAUGGAUAUGAUUUCUACAUCGUUGCAGAGGGCUUUGGAAACUUCAAUCCCCAGAAAGAUACAGCUAAAUUUAACCUUGUUGAUCCGCCUAUGAGGAAUACAGCUAGUGUACCUGUCAAAGGAUGGGCAGCCAUUAGAUUCGUUGCUGAUAAUCCAGGAAUUUGGUUUCUGCACUGUCAUUUGGAUGUUCACAUAACCUGGGGCUUGGCCAUGGCUUUCCUCGUAGAGGAUGGAGUUGGGGAAUUACAGGCAUUACAGCCUCCUCCAGAGGAUCUGCCUCUGUGCUAA